AUGUCAGCUCUAAAUACUUCUCUAACCGAGCGCCCACAAAUAGAGAUAAUCAUCGCAGACACGGAAGAGCUCUUACAGCAAUGUCUGGCUGUACGAUUCAAUGUGUUCUCCGAUGAACAGGGCUUUCCUGAAGACACUGAGAUAGACCAGUACGACGCCCCCCAACGCUCAGUGCAUUUCCUCCUGCGCCUCCUCCCCUCCCUCUUGCCAAUCGGGACGAUCCGCAUCGUCCAAAACCCGCGCAAGCUCACCCGACUCGCUAUCCUCUCUGAAUACCGCAAUUUCAGUUUCGGCCGCGCGCUGGUCGAGCGUGCGCACUUGUGGGUGAAGGAGGCGGACCCGGGUACGGGAGGAGAGCGACCGUAUGAUGUCGUUUGUCAUUCGCAGAUUUAUGCGAAGCGGUUUUAUGCUAAGUUUGGGUAUGUAGAGGAAGGGGACGAGUUCGACGAGGAUGGCGCCCCGCAUCAGAAGAUGGUUGCACGACUAAAGCCUUAAAGCACUAUUUUUUCCUCAGAUCUCCAGCGAGGAACGAGGGGGAGUGUUAGGAGGAGUAGAC